CUGUGGGAUUUGAGUCAAGUGAGCCAGGCACGUGUCUGGCUGUGCCCCAGGGCUGUGUGACCCUGAAGCAUGACUCACCCUCUCUGAGCUCCUGGGCAUCAUUGUGAGGGAGGGCAGGCUUGGACCCUCCCAGAAGUGUGUGGAGGCCCAGGUUCUAGCCCUCAGCUCUGCCCUGUGCCAGCGGUGCUCUAGAGGAGAUCCUGCAGGAGCCUUGGUUUACACAGCUGUGCAGCAGGAGUGAGCUGCCUUCAAGACUCGCAGCACCUCCCAUCUCCCGCCCAAGGCCCUUCCAGGGCUGAUGAACUUUAAUCACCUGGUGACAAGCCCAGUCACUGCACUUCCUUACUCCUCUGUUGCUCCUGUGACGUCAGCCACCGACUGUCCUCCCAGCCUGGCUGGACCUCUGGCAGAGGACUCCCUGUUCUACACCCUCUUCAGAUGCCUCCAGCUGUCUGCAGGGAUGCUGGAUGCCCCCUAGCUGACCUCUUGCCCCCCUGGCACUAGCUGGUGCCCCAGGCCAGAGCUAUUUUCUGAGGAAGAAGGGGUCUCUCUCCUGGGCCCCUGCUGCUCCCCUGGGCCUCAGGAGAACAAGGGAGCUGCCUGGUGAAGGAAUCUUUCGGGAAGAUUCUGUGGCCACAGGGUACUGCAGAGCACAAGGGAGACCCCAGUUAUUUCUCCAGCAGUGUUCUGCCAAACUCUCCUGUCUUUCGGAGCUAUCUUCCUAGACAAGGCUUGGGAUUCUCACCCACUGCUGAACGAGUCAUGAAGAAGCAGUUUGUAGUGCUGGGCUUGUUGGCUGUGGUUCUGAUACUGGUCAUCGUCGGCCUUUGCCUCUGGCUGCCCUCCACCUCCAAGAAGCCCGACCACAUGUACACCAGGGCCGCUGUGGCCACUGAUGCCAAGCGCUGCUCGGAGAUUGGGAGGGACGUGCUGCUGGAUGGAGGCUCAGCAGUGGACGCAGCCAUCGCGGGCCUACUCUGCGUUGGCCUCAUGAAUCCUCACAGCAUGGGCAUUGGCGGCGGCCUGUUUCUCACCAUCUACGAUAGCUACACGCGGAAAGCUGAGAUUAUCAACGCCCGCGAGGUGGCGCCCAGGAUGGCUUACAUCAGCAUGUUCAACAGCUCGAAGGAGUCUGAGAAAGGCGGGAUGUCAGUGGCAGUUCCUGGUGAGAUCCGAGGCUACGAGUUGGCGCACCAGCGGCAUGGGCGGCUGCCUUGGCAUCGCCUCUUCCAGCCUAGCAUCCAGCUGGCCCGUGAGGGCUUCCCUGUGGGCAAGGGCUUGGCAGGAGCCCUGAACAGAACACAGACUGUUAUUGAGCAGACGCCUGCCCUGUGUGAGAUUUUCUGCCGGAAUGGGAAGGUGCUCCAGGAGGGAGAAACAGUGACUAUGCCACGGCUGGCUGACACGUACGAGACGCUGGCCCGAGAGGGGGCCCAGGCCUUCUACAACGGGAGCCUCACAGCCCAGAUCCUGAAGGAUAUCCGGGAGGCUGGGGGCAUCAUGACAACCGAGGACCUGAACAACUACCGCGCUCAGCUGAUCGAGCAUCCGCUGAACAUCAGCCUUGGGGACUCGGUGCUGUAUGUGCCCAGCGCCCCACUCAGUGGGCCUGUGCUGGUUCUCAUCCUCAACAUCCUCAAGGGGUACAACUUCUCCCCGGCGAGCGUGGGCACACCUGAGCAGAAGGCCUUGACAUACCACCGCAUCGUGGAGGCCUUCCGGUUCGCCUACGCCAAGAGGACCCUGCUUGGGGACCCCAAGUUUGUUGAUGUGACUAAGGUGAUCCACAACAUGAGCUCCGAGUUCUUCGCAGUCCAGCUUCAAGCCCGAAUCUCUGACGACACCACGUACCCAGUCUCCUACUAUGAGCCCGAAUACUACACACCUAACGAUGGGGGCACUGCCCACCUGUCUGUGGUCUCGGAGGACGGCAGUGCUGUGUCUGCCACCAGCACCAUCAACCUCUACUUUGGCUCCAAGGUCAUUUCCCAAGUCAGCGGCAUCCUGUUCAACAAUGAGAUGGACGACUUCAGCUCUCCCAACUUCACCAACCAGUUUGGGGUGUCCCCUUCACCGGCCAACUUCAUCGAGCCAGGGAAGCAGCCACUCUCAUCCAUGUGUCCGUCGAUCAUUGUGGGCAGGGACGGCAAGGUCCAGAUGGUGGUGGGAGCCUCUGGAGGCACACAGAUCACCACAGCUGCUGCACUGACCAUCAUCCAUAACCUCUGGUUUGGCUACGAUAUGAAACGGGCAGUGGAGGAGCCCCGGCUGCACAACCAGCUUCUGCCUAAUAUCACAACACUGGAGAAGGAUGUUGAUGAGGCAGUAGUUGCAGGCUUGAAGACCCGGCAUCACCAAACUGAGGUCACUCCCACCUUCAUCGCUGUGGUCCAGGCCAUCGUUCGAACAGCCAGUGGCUGGGCAGCUGCCUCGGACUCCAGGAAAGGCGGGGAACCAGCUGGCUACUGAGUGCUCACUUGGGAUAACCAGGACUGGCCAGCAACCCAGGGACAAGAUACCAAGCCCCAGAGUGGGGCUUUGGGAGAUGUGCUCUCUCGAUGAGAGGCAGAGCAGCAUAAUAAAUGGGGCCACUGCACCAAGCUCUGGGCAGCCUCACAGACCGGGUUCCCCACUCUCAGA